GGACGGCUGGAUUCAGGCACAUUUGAAAUUUUCCUAAUGCACGGAAUAUGCCGGAAUAGUCUUAUGGCCAUGGGCUGAUCGCCAUGUAUGCCCAUGAAACACACACCACUAGGUUAUUUUCUCUCGCCGGAGCCCCUGUUCUUCGUAAUCCCUGCUUCUCUCCUCGCUCUCCGUGUCUAGGGCGCCGAUCUGAUGCCGCGGCGGCGCUCCCGGUGAUCUCCGUUUCAAUUUGAGCACUCUUUCUCUCACAUUUGCUCGCCGCGCCGCGAUUUUCCUUGCUUCCGGGAUGCAGAUCGGGCGGCGCAGCUUGUGCUUGACCGCUGGGUGCCGAAAAACGCAAGAUUUGGGGUUGGAAUCUUGGUAGGAGGCAUUGCCGAUCCAGGGUUUGCUGCCGCGAGCCAACAGGGUUUCCAGGGAAGGAAGCUUUUCUCCGCGGGCGAGGUAUUCUGGAGAUGGAAGGAGGCGCCGUGGCCAAUCCACGCACAGUAGAAGAAGUCUUCAAGGAUUUCAAGGGGCGGCGAGCCGGGAUGCUUAAGGCGCUCUCUGGAGAUGUGGAAGAGUUCUACCGACAAUGUGAUCCAGAGAAGGAGAAUUUGUGCCUUUAUGGUCUCCCCGACGAGACUUGGGAGGUGAAUCUUCCAGCCGAGGAAGUGCCGCCGGAGCUCCCUGAGCCAGCGCUCGGUAUCAAUUUCGCGAGAGAUGGCAUGCUCCGAAAGGACUGGCUUUCGCUUGUGGCGGUACACAGCGAUGCUUGGCUCUACGCAGUCGCGUUUUAUCACGGUGCCCGCCUCGACAAGAGUGAAAGGAAACGACUGUUUGGGAUGAUGAAUGAGCUACCAACGGUUUUCGACACUGUCACUGGAAGGAAACCUGUGAAAGAGAAAUCCAGCGUGAACAACAGCGGAAGCAAGAGCAAGACCUCUGUUGUCAAGAACGAAGGCGGUGUAAAGUCGUCCAAGGCACCCCCGAAGGAGGAGGACGAAGCUUUUGACGACGAAGACGAAGAGCACGGUGACACACAGUGUGGAACUUGCGGGGGGAAUUACACGUCCGACGAGUUUUGGAUAGGCUGCGAUGUCUGCGAGAAGUGGUUUCACGGCAAGUGCGUCAAGAUCACACCGGCCAGGGCGGAGCACAUCAAAAAGUACAAAUGUCCAUCGUGUAGCAACAAUAAGAGAGCUCGGGGAUAGCCGCCAAAGGGAGAAGCUCGACGUAGCGUUAUCCUUGGGAGCUCGUUUAGUUGGUCGGGGUGGGCAUCAGUCAUCACUUUGAAGGGCCGGUUCUGGACAUCGUCUGUACUAUUUAUUUUCCUUCCUCCUCUUCCUUCAUCGUAGUACCUUUUGCUUUCUUCCUUAGUUGAGCGCCCUGUAGUCGAGCUAGAAUUUUCUCUAGCAGUGGUUCUGACCGAUUUUCGUUUGUGUUCAGCUAGUGACAAUCAUGCAUAGCGAAAAGGCCUUCACUAUGCAAACCGGGCAAUCUGGGUUGUCACCAAUUGACAUGAGCAUGUUGUAUACUACAAAGUGCUCAAUACCAGGUUCAUUUUAUAUUUA